CAGGCUGUUGGGAUGGUGGCGACAUGACCUGAAAACUUGCUUCCAGAUGGAUAACGGAUCAAACUAACAAAUGUCAGAGGACAACACCUCUAUCUGUUUACCUGCCUCGUACGGUGGCGUGAUGGAACAAGAAUGCAGCUGUGACAGACAGUGCUUAUUAAUCAUAGUGCAUCGUCUCUCCACUCACUGACGGGAUAGUUGUUGACUGCGGUUCAUCUCAUUGCUGUCGCAUUAAGAAAUCAUCUGCCUCAAAGACAACAACGUCGGCAGAAAAUGUUCGGAAAUUGCGAUGAUGAAACAGGCACACACCCAUCCGGCUUCAACAUAGACCCCAUGCCAGGGGACCAGGGGUCUCAUGGGGGUCAAUGGAAAGAUGAUCUUCAUGGUGGAGACCACCCUGGAGAUGAUCUUCCUGAUAGAGACCGUCAUGGGGGUCAAUGGAAAGAUGAUCUUCAUGGUGGAGACUACCUUGGAGAUGAUCUUCCUGAUAGAGACCGUCAUGGGGGUCAAUGGAAAGAUGAUCUUGAUCUCGGAGACUACCUUGGAGAUGAUCUUCCUGAUGGAGACCGUCAUGGGGGUCAUCGUGAAGAUGAUUUUCAUGGUGGAGACCACCCUGGAGAUGAUCUUCCUGAUAGGGACCGUCAUGGGGGUCGCAACAUGGACCCUGAUAGAGGUGGUCGCAACCAGAGGAGAUACAGCCCCGGCCGCGACCGCCCUGGAGAUGACUACCAUGGCGAGGAUCGCGACGGCAACCAGAGGAGACACAGCCCCGGCCGCGACCGCCCUGGAGAUGACUACCAUGGCGAGGAUCGCGACGGCAACCAGAGGAGACACAGCCCCGGCCGCGACCGCCCUGGAGAUGACUACCAUGGCGAGGAUCGCGACGGCAACCAGAGGAGACACAGCCCCGGCCGCGACCGCCCUGGAGAUGACUACCAUGGCGAGGAUCGCGACGGCAACCAGAGGAGACACAGCCCCGGCCGCGACCGCCCUGGAGAUGACUACCAUGGCGAGGAUCGCGACGGCAACCAGAGGAGACACAGCCCCGGCCGUGACCGCCCUCGAGAUGACCACCAUGGCGAGGAUUGCGACGGCAACCAGAGGAGACACAGCCCCGGCCGUGACCGCCCUCGAGAUGACCACCAUGGCGAGGAUCGUGACGGCAACCAAAGGAGAAACAGCCCCGGCCGCGAUCAGGAUCGGCACAGACGCAGCCCCAAACGCCAUGGAGAACGUGGAAAUAGCCCUCAUCGUCGUGACCACAGUGGUGGGAGUGAGAGUGGGAGUGGCAGCGGGAGCGGGAGCGGCAGCGGGAGCGGCAGCAGCUGCGAUGACGGGAAUGGUGGUCGUCGUAAAAAACGUCACGGGCACGGGCAUGGCAAGCAUGGCAGGCAUGGCAAGCAUGGCGGCAGGCAUGGCAAGCAUGGCGGCGGGCAUGGCGGGCACGGCCGUGGGCGUGGUGGACAUGGACAUGGACAUGGACAUUGUUGAAUACAGGCAGCAGACACACGGACCACCAUAUACGUCAAACUCCUUAUGCCAUUGUGCAAAUUAAAUGAGAUGAAACGCUGUAUGUCUACACUUAUAUGAAAUAAAACAUUCUGGAAACUUAAA